CUGGAACGCGAUCGACGUUGACGAGCUCUUGACUUGACUCCUGGGCCCGGUGCUCCAUCUCUAACGCUUACUCUAAUCCGGCAUUGCACUUGCUUAUUCCCCUUCAUUAAGGCACGACCUCUGCAUACAUAACGACCUUGCAUUGUUAGACUUUCCAUUAUCUACUCAAGUUACCCAAAUUGCAGCACUAGAAAUGGCACCCACUCUCAUUUUUGCUGCCAUCGCAUCGACACUCAUUGGAAGGGCUCUCGCUGCCCCCUUCCCCUUCGACCCUCGCGCCACUUCUACCUUCCAGAAGGAAAAUGCCAUCGAGGCUCAGAAUUUGAACGCUCAGUUUGCCACUCUCCAGGCCACCGACUCCUGCACAGACGGCGACCAAGCCUGCGUUAACGGCUCCUUCGCCCAAUGCGUCUCCGGCGCAUGGUCCUUGACUCAAUGCUCAGCCGGAACAUCCUGCUUUGCUCUCCCCCUGGUCAAUAAGCAGGGUACCAGCAUUGGCUGCGACACAGAGAGCGAUGCUGCCCAACGCAUCUCAGACGCUGGUGCCACCGGUGGCAUCACCGGGUCCGGUAACACCACCGCAAGUGCCAGUGCAUCUGCUGCCGGAAGCGCUACCGCAAGUACUAGCGAGGCAGCUUCUUCGGUAGCCUCUGUUUCAGGCGCCGUCGCCAGCUCGAGCGCCCUCGAGAGCGGAUCAAUCACCUCAACGAUAUUCAUCGUUGCGCCGUCCUCCGCCAAUGCCGCUCAGGUCGCAGCAGCCUCGCCGACCAACAUCAUCCUCAACCGCCGUAUGAAGCGUUCCCCCCGACCCGACAUCACCCUCGCUUCCUUCGGUUUCGGCCAGGCUAGUGCAACCGCCGCUGCAGCUUCCUCACCCGCAGUCGCCGCGGUGUCGGUCAAUGGCUUCUCUUCCGUUCCUAUAGCCAGCGCAGCUCCCAUCACCCUUAGCCUGAGCGGAGUCUCCGCCCCCGCUGCUGCUGCUGCUACUCCGUCUGCCGCUUCAUCUGCUGCAGUGUCAAACAGCACUGCGGCAGCUUCCUCCAGCGCGGUCUCCGCUACAGCAGCUGCUGGCGCUAGCGGCACUAACGUAGAUGCUACCGUAACCGUCACUUCCACAGUGCUGGUCACCGUCACCUCAGCAGGCACCCCCGUCGCUGCUGUCCCCAACGCCGAUCCCACCGACUCCUCCACCGACUCGACUACAGCCCCAGCUGGCAGUGCGACCGCCCCCGCCGCCCCUACUGCGGGCGGAUUCGGCGGCGCUGGCGGAUCGACGCCGUCCGCGAGCGUGCCCUCCGUCGCCGUUCCCUCAGGUUUUGGCGGUGACUCUCCAACCGGUCCCUCUGGCGUCGCUGCCCCGUCUGCCUCUGCCCCUGGCGUCGCGGCGCCCUCCGGUCCUGGAGUUGCGGCCCCUAGCGGCCCUGGCGUUGCGUCUCCGAGUGGCCCUGGCGUCUCAGCGCCCAGCGGUCCUGCAGUCGGUGGUCCGUCCGCCUCCGGUCCGUCUGCGUCUGCUCCUGGUGUUGGCGGGCCCUCAGCUUCGGAGCCAGGUGUCGCUACGCCCACCGUCGCCGCUCCCGGCGGUGGUGGCGUCUCAACUCCUGCUGCGCCGUCCGCAGGUGUCCCCAGCGCUGCCGCGUCUGGGUCACCAGCUGUAGGCGACACCAACGUCGUUUCUACAGCAGCAGCCGCAUCAUCUUCCGCGGAGGCGACCUCAAGCUCGGCCCCGCCGCGGUUCUCCUUCGCCACCGCCGCCCCCGCCCCAACUGUCGCCAACAACGCCGGGAACAUAAACAGCAUCGACAUCGCCAGCCUGCUCACUGCUACCAUCUCGUAA